CGCUGUGUGCUCGGGGAAGCUCUGGUGGACCUCGAUGAUGUCGUGCACUGAAGCAACUGGUGCUUAAGACGCGUUCAGCAAACAACGCGCGACAGGAUCAACGCGAGCUCGAACGCGUCUCUCGGAGGUUUCCAGAGGAGCUGGAUGAACACAUGAAGCGCAUCCUGAAGAUUUCGUGAAGAGGAAGGUUUUGGUGUUUUCUGUGCCACACAGUUUGCAUGUUGGAUUAUGUGCAUGCUGUCUGCCGUACAACAUCAUCAUUUCCAUCCCACCUGCAUGCUGCUUCUUGUGUGCCCUCCAUUAAUGCCAUCAUGGGUGAAAUCUGUGAUACCACUAACCCUCCGAUUCUCUCCUCCAAGAAGCGCAGCAGCUGCAAGCGUGAUUCCGGCUCCGAUCCGUGGCGGGACGUGGAGCGUCUCCAUGCGGCGUUAGAGGUGGAGCGCAGCCGCAGCCAGCAGGCCCACCGGCGCUUCUCUCUGGAGCUGCGGAGGCAACGUGAGGAGGCUCGUGAGGAGCGAGAGCGAGCGCUGAGAGAGCUGACCUACAGACUCCAGCAGCAGAAGACGCUGGAGCUGCUGAGGCAGCGGGAAGCUCUGGGUCGAGAGCGUGCGGCGGAGGUCCGGCGUCUGUUACGCUGGCGGAGCCCGGAGUUGAAACGUAGCGAGAACUUGACGCUCAGGCAAACCCAAGAAGUGCAUCGUCGGCUAGCGGAUGAGAUCGCCGGGAGAUCGGCGUUUCAAGGUCUCAAACUUGGAUGUAAGGGCAACGGGGCGGCAUAUCGGAAACUCGAGGAACUCUUAAAGACUCUGCGUGCUCAGGCAGACGGUCGGCAGGUCGCUGUCCUUCAGCAGGAAGUGGAAUUAGAGAAGAGCUACUUCCUGUGCCACCUGCUGGAAGCUCACAGUGGGACGUCCCAUGCUGUGAAACCAUCCAGACCGAGGUCGAAGAGUUGUGUGCAUCUGCUCGCGCAAGGCCAGAGCAACCCAGAAUACUGUAAGAAGAAAAAGAAGCAGAACUGCGAAACGUGUCCUCCCAGCUCAUCUCCCACCGAGGAUUUACCUGAGCCGUGUUCAUCUGAUGAAGGAUUGGAGAAGUGCUCACCUUCCAGAUGUUCAGAGGACAAUAUGGAUGAUCUGAACGGCAGGGAUCACGGUGUCCUGCUGCGUCAGAACUCAGAGCUGCUGCGAGCGCUGGAGGAGAUGGAGAAAUCAUGCAACGCUCUCAGAGACGAGAACAAGAUACUGAGGAAGAGCAGUUCUCCAGAGACCGAGGAGAAGGUGAAGAGGCUGAGGAAGAAGAACACGGAGCUCGCCGUCAUCGCCAGACGUCUGGAGGACAGAGCACGGAAACUACAGGAAGCCAACCUGAAAGUGGUGAAUACUCCGAUGCCGGUGAGAGCGGGCGCUGUGGAGCAGUACAAGCGAGCGUUCGCCCGUCAGAGAGCCAGAGACCUGGCGCUGCACGCAGACACACUGCUGUGUAAAGACAAGCAGAUCGCAGCGCUGCAGCACGAGUGCAGACAGCUGGAGACACGGCUGGGACAGGGGACGGGUCCUGUGGGCGUCAGUGAGUUUGAGCGUCUCCUGAAGGAGUCUCAGAAGGAGGUGCUGCGUCUGCAGAGACAGCUGUCUGUCACCUCCAGCAGAGACAGGAGCAGUGUGACAGGAGAAAACCCUUCAGAGAGACAGGACCGAGACGGCAGGGUUGUGUUUGAAGCCCCGCCCACAGUAGUAGAUGAGGCCCCUGUUAAAGGGGAGGAGACUCCUGCAGAGGGGGAGGAGUCAGAGACACAAGUGAAGCCCGAACAGGGCACAGGCUCCACCCACCAGGAAGAGCGGACCACAGAAGAACGUCUUCAGUUACUGGAAAGUGAGUUGGGCAAGAAGAGGAAAGAAUGUGAAGUUCUUGAGCAUGAGGUGCGGAAGAGACAGAAACGAUGUCUCGAUUUGGAGAACCAGCUAGUGGACGAGCGCAGCAGAAAUGAGCACUUAGUGGAGGAGGCAGAACUCCUCAGGAGAAAGGCUCAGCUGCUCGACCAGUCGCAGGCUGAAAAUGAGGAGCUGAAGGAACAGCUCUGUGUUUUGAACGCUCAGCGUAGUUCAGUUCUGGAGGAGAACCAGCGACUCCGUGCAAAGCUGGAGAACCUAGAGCAGGUCCUGAAGCACAUGCGAGAGGUCGCCGAGCGCAGGCAGCAGCUGGAACUGGAGCAUGAGCAGGCCCUGGCUAUCCUCAGGUUCAAACAGGAUGAGAUCAAGCGACUCCAGCGGGCUCAGUUAUUUGCUAAAAGAGAACAUGAAGGUGUCGUGCAAAUGCUGGAGGAUCUGGUGCAGCUUGUAUUGCACAGAGAGCUGGCAAAAGUUCGGGAGCUGGAGGAGAAAUGCCGCAGUCAGAGCGAGCAGUUUGGGAUGCUGUCACAGGAAUUGGAUAAAUUCAGGGUCCAGGCCUCAAAGAUCGACCUGUCGGGCCCCGACCUGUUGUCCAGCCCCAGCCUGACCCAGCUGACCAAUGGGGUCGGCCUGCCCGGUGAGACAGGCACAAAUGCCUCAUGGGAAGACAUUGCGUUCUGGAGUUUGGAGGGUAAUGAAGCCCUCUGUGAUGCCUCUGAGUCUGAUGUGGCUGCGGUUUUGCGGAUGGGCUCCACGCCACACGCGGCUGAACUGUCACGUCCCGAACGCUCACCGACCGUCAAACACAGAGAGCUGCCCACCAUCAGCGUGUCCAUCAGGUCCGGCUCCACGUCCAGCCCUACACCCCCCAAAUCUGAGACCACUCGCCUCUCACCCAAAUCAGCUGGAUCUCACCCGGCCAGCCCCCAAAAGACCAGCCCUACACAUGAGGUGGACACUGCUAGUGAAGUUGAGGAGUUGGACAUUGACAUUUCUCCGGCGCCGUAUACGGUCACUAAAGGAGCAGCAAAACUCCAGGUCUUCAUCGCACGUUACAGUUACAAUCCAUAUGAGGGUCCUAAUGAUAACCCAGAGGUCGAGCUGCCCCUCACAGCAGGGGAGUACAUAUACGUCUAUGGGGACAUGGAUGAUGACGGCUUCUAUGAGGGAGAGCUGAUGGACGGCAGAAGAGGCCUCGUUCCCUCUAACUUUGUGGAGUGUGUGUCAGAUGACGACUUCAUGAGCUCACACCAUAACCAGGCAGGCGAUAUUUCCCAUAAUUCCUUCCAGGAGAGCAGUUUCCACAGCGGCAGCGAGCGACUGCACCGACACCACUUACGUUUUGCCCACAGCGCCUCCGAGAGGACAGAGACCUCCACAACAGCCUCGGCUCCUGGUGACAAUGCCAAAGCGAACCCCUCUAACCCUGCCCUGGCCGCCCCGCUCACUAACGGCUUGGACUUGGAUCUAGAAGAGGUUGGGGUGGACACUGUGCCUUACCCCCGCAAGCUAACGCUAAUUAAGCAGUUAGCCAAGAGUAUCAUCAUUGGCUGGGAGUCUCCGCUGGUCCCGGUUGGCUGGGGUUCUGUGUUUAGCUAUAACAUCUACGUGGACCACGAGUUGCGGCUCAAUGUGCCAUUUGGUAGCCAAACGAAGGCCGUUCUGGAGAGGCUAGAUUUGGCGCAGAAGGCAUAUCGGAUUGCGGUGCAGUGCCUGACGGAGCGAGGCAACUCGGAUCAGCUGCGUUGCACUAUACUAGUUGGACGGGACGUGUGCGUGGCGCCGACUCACCUGCGCGUUGAACGCGUAACGGCUACCUCAGCCAGUCUAACCUGGCUGCCUAGCAACAGUAACUAUGUGCACAUUGUGUCUUUGAACGAUGAGGAGUGCGAGCUGGUAAAGGCAGGAUGCUAUUCACUGUGCCUCAGUAACCUCACACCCAAAAUGCAUUACAACAUUAAAGUGGAAGCUAGGCCGCACCGCACAGCAUGGGAACUACCACAGGAGUGCCGAGAACGCAAAACCGCAGUGACCUCUUUCACAACCCUGACCGCAGGUCCUCCUGAUGCUCCUCUGGAUGUGCAGUUGGAGCAGGGCCCAUCUCCGGGAAUAGCUCAGAUCAGUUGGCUGCCUGUUACUAUAGAUGCCGCUGGGACGUCCAAUGGUGUACGAGUCACUGGCUACACCAUCUAUGCUGACAAGAAGAAGGUAUUGGAGGUGUCGUCACCCACAGCAGGCAGCGCUCUGAUUGGUCCAUCUCAGAUCCAGACAUUACAGGCGGCUCAUGAGCUCACCGUACGGACCAUGUCAGCUUUUGGUGAGUCGUUGGACUCCUUGCCGGUGAAUGUGCCCACCAAAUUGCCUGCCAUCAUGUCCGGUGUCUCACUGCCUCAAUGCCAGUCUGUGCCAGCCACCGCCAGUGUCCUCAUGGCCAGUGCCAACCCAGAUCCCGCUGUCUGUGCCACAUCUCUCUCUGCUGCCAAAACACCCAUUCUGCCACACGCUGCUACACUGGACGAGCAUACCAUUGGUCCUGUUCGGGGCGUCUAUGUCAAUCCACCCAAUGCAGGCGCUCGUGAGGUCCCUUCGUCUACUGCAUCUUAUGUAGAAGCCUGGGCAUACCCAUCAUCAGCUGCACCUCUGACGGUUGCAAUGCCAGGACAGGAGGCACUGCCACUAUAUGCUUCACGUACUAACUCAAUGGUGAGUUUAUCUGCACCCCUGGUUACACCUGCACCCAUUAUCAUGUCUGUUGCUACACCAACGUCCAUGGCCGUACCUGCUCCCUUGACCACACCAGUGUCCAUGACCGUGCCAGGUCCUGUGGCACCUGUCGCCAUGCCUGUGCCCAUACCUGCACCUGUUGUUGUACCUGCAUCAGUGCCAGUGCAGUCCAGUGUGGCUUCUGCUGUGCAGAACCCAGGCAGAGAGACCGAAAGCCCAGGAGGUCAGCGUCCUGUUGCCUCUCUCUCCGACUUCUUGGAGGACCCCCGUGCCAAACUUCACACACCACCAUCCAAUACUACCUCCCCAAAAGUGAACAUUCCAGGAAAGGACCCUCUCGAUGUUCCAGAUACGCACCCACUGAGGCCUCCCAAUCCAUCACCCUUUGAGUCAGAGGCCGAGGAGGACAGGGAAAACACCAGGCUUGUGUCCAUAGAGGAGUUCCUGCGGCCUGUACCUCAACCUCGAAUAAAGGUCUAUGCUGGUGGCCUUAUGGACCCUCCCCCAGACUACCACGGGGAGAGCAGUCGGUCUGAUUUGUCUGAUAUACUGGAGGAAGAGGAGGAUGAUCUGCACUCGGAGCCUAUUGGUGACGUCCCCUCCAGAGGUUACAGUACAGCUCCAUCAGGCAGGUCCGAAAUGUGGGAAACUGACAGCGAUGAAGACAUUUUAGAGAGGAUUAUAAAGCUCCCUCCUCAAGCCUACCACAACAAGCAGCUCUUCAGCAUUCCAGAAGUUACAGAAGAGGAAGACAACACUGAAUCGGAAUCCCACUCUAGAUCUUCCCCAAGCCGGACUGCUUCUGGCAAGAACCGUCAGUGUGGACAUGAGAGUCGACGACAUUCUCCAAACCAUCACAAUCGUAGACAUAAAAUGGAAUCUGAUUCGCCCGUAGAGAGGUGCAAAGGGACUGCGCAAGUCAGGAGUAGACCCAGAGUGCAUUACGCUGACACCGUGGACACCAUCAGCUAUAUGGAUGAGGAGGAGGAAGAGGAGGAAGAGGACUCUGACAGUAGUCUGUAUGCUGGGCAUAGUUCUGUUAGUGUGGCUGCACGCCGCAAACCACACAAAGGCCAUGGCGACCGACUCAGGAGAGAAGCCUUGCUCCAUAGCCAGAUGACUUCAGGAACAGUGCAGGGACCGUAUUUGCUUAGCAAGACCAUACACCGUGUGAAGUCGCCCACUGGACGCUCAACAGAGAUUGACGUAGAGUAUGGAACCGAUAAUGACGAGGAGCAUCAGCUGUUUGAUCCUGGAGAAGUGGUGUUAGACCAAAUGAGCUCGGAGUGGUGGGUGGAAGGCAGUAACAAUGAGUACCAGCACUUGCCCCUGAAAUGCAGACCCCAGCCAGAGCUGCUUCCAAGCAGCCGCUCAUGGGAGGCAGGUGGAAGAGAAGCAUCGUUGGCAGAUCCAGGUGCAAUGUGGUGCGAUGUCACUCCAAAAUCGCCACGCUCUGAAAUUAGACUGCACAGAGAGGCCAGAACAUCUGGAGAAGAUGAGGUGAGAGUGUUUGUUGCCCUCUUCCCGUAUGAUCCUGCAUUCAUGUCCCCCAAUCCUGACGCCGCUGAAGAGGAGCUUCCCUUUAAAGAGGGCCAGAUUAUCAAGGUUUAUGGGGACAAAGAUGCAGAUGGUUUCUACCGAGGCGAGCUGGGUGGCCGUCGUGGCUUUGUGCCGUGUAACAUGGUUUCAGAGAUCCAGGUUGAUGAUGAGGAGACCAGAGACCAGCUCCUGAAGCAGGGCUUCCUCUCCACCGAGGCGUCGAUGGAGAAGAUAGACGCCCGCUUACAUGCACAGCUUCCACACCGUCCCACUGCGCCGCCGAAACCUAGACGCUCCAAGAAAGUGGAGUCGGCUGCGGUGUUGGACGACACGUCUGCUGUCGACUGCUUCAGUCAAGACCUCAGUCGCUCCGGCGGCCCGAUGGGGAGCUCCAGACCUCGCAGGAUGGUGGCCAUCUUUGAUUACGACCCGAGAGAGAGCUCUCCUAAUGCAGACAUAGAGGCUGAACUGACCUUCAGCGCCGGCGACGUCAUCUAUGUGCUCGGUGACAUGGACGACGACGGCUUCUACUACGGGGAUCUGAAUGGACACAAAGGCCUCGUGCCGUCCAACUUCCUGCAAGCUUUUCCAGAGACGGAAGAGGACACUGUGCGAGUGGAGCACACGGAGACAGAGAAGCGCAGGGAUACACAGGUGAGCCAGACAGAAUCGUCUGAGCAUCUUGUUCCCGUAUGCUCCUCUCAACUAGACCUGAAUCCACCAGCUCAGCCAGAACUCAAUCCUGAGCAGAAACCGACCCUGAGCUCAUCUCUGCCCGCCUCCCAGUCCGAGAAAAAGAAGAAAGGCUUCUUCUCCAAGGGCAGGAAGCUCUUCAGAAAGCUGGGCUCCAGCAAGAAGGAGUAGCUGUGAGCCUGAAGAUCUACAGAUUGCACUUUUUCUCGUAUGUGGUGUCAGUUUGAGUGUGUGUCCGACUCCGUCCAGUAGGAGAAUCGUUCUCAUUCUCUGAUGUUUGCCAUAAUAACGCAGAUUUACCAGCGCUUUCAUGUGUCAGACUGUUUAUUCCUUUCAAAUAUAAUCGCAAUGCAUGUGCAAGCUGGGAAAUGGGUUUAAACCCAUUAAAUGCCUGUUGAAAAGCUAUAAAAAUACUCAUUUAAUGAGUAAAAAGAUAGCGAUAUAUUCUAAAUAAACACUUAACUUCAAUAUAACCGCAUUUAGACAUGAACUAAUCAUCUGCUAGUGUUCACAAACAUCAUACACACUAAAAUAAAGCAAAGGUUGGCGACAAAAUAAUUUUUUGUCACUACAAAUAUAUUUUGCACUACAAAUAGGGUCCAAGACUGCCUUUAUCCGGAUAAAGGUAGAGGAAUACAAACCGGUUAGUUCGUUAAACCAAUACAGACUGAACUGAAUUCACAUUUUUGCAUAUUAAUUCAUUCAUUUUUACUGGCGAAAAUCUGAAUGAUCACCGACUGGCCAAAACCUUUUCAUAUCCAUCUCACAAUAUUUUCCGCAGUUUCAGAUUAUUGAAUUGUUGUUGUAUUCUACUUAAAAUAUUGUUUUAUUAUAUUCUACACACUACUGUGUGGAAGCCACUGAAUAAAAAAUAAAAUAAAGGUUUUCGCGACUUUUUAUCUCGUGAUUCAGACUUUUUCUCACGAGUUCACAUCUCACAAUUGUGACUUUUUUUCUCAAAAUUCCAAGAUAUAAACUUUACAUUUAAAGUUCUAAAGUUGGAAUUGCGGAAUCCAAAUUUGCAGUGCUUUUCUCACAAUUCGGACUUUUCUCGCAAUUCUGACUUGUCUCGCAAUUCUGACUUGUCUCGCAAUUCUGACUUUUCUCGCAAUUCUGACUUUUCUCGCAAUUCUGACUUUACUCUCAAUUCUGGCUUUUCUCGCAAUUCUGACUUUACUCGCAAUUCUGACUUUUCUCACAAUUCUGACUUUACUCUCAAUUCUGGCUUUUCUCGCAAUUCUGACUUGUCUCGCAAUUCUGACUUUUCUCGAAAUUCUGACUUUUCUCGCAAUUCUGACUUGUCUCUCAAUUCUGACUUUUCUCGCAAUUCUGACUUUACUCGCAAUUCUGACUUUUCUUGCAAUUCUGACUUUUAUGGAUAUAAAGUCCAAUUCUGAGGGGGAAAAAAGACUAUUUUCUUACAUUUGUGAGUUUAUAUCCUAAAACUCACAGCUGCUACUUUACAUCACACAAUUCUUGACGUAAUUUCUGAGAAUUGCGUGAUAUAAAGUUUGAAUUAUCACACAAUUCUGAGAAAAAAAAGGGUCUGCGAUUAAAAGAAAUAGUGAAAUUAAAAGCCGCAAUUACCUUUUUUAUGUUUCAUUCAGUUUGCAGAAACAGGCUUCCCAUAAAUUCAGCUUAUUUUGGCCAUCAGUUACAUUUUCAUGCAUUUUAAUUUUCAUAUCAAUAUAAUUUGUUAUUUGCAUGCUAAAACAGCAUUUCAAUACAGAAAAUGUUGAUCUUUCUCUUUAAACAUGAUAUUGUGCAUCUGAUGCUGCACUGAAGAUUUUAUUGUUCGUAGUGAACUGUUUUUUUUAGUUCAGCUUGGCCUUUUCGACAUGGAACUCACUUUACAAUUGCAACAAUGAUAAUUCACUCAUAUAUAAUGUGUGAUAAAGCAUCAGAAACAUUGGCUUCUUUCUGCAUGAGCUCUGUCUUAACUUUCCUCCGUUUUAGGAGCGUUGUAAUACAGACACAGCAUGUGAGCACAACACCACACGCACUUCAGCUUCACACUGCUAUGUAAUGCGAGCGAAAUGUGUGUUUUCUCUAGCGUGAUCCGUUGGUUCUUGUGGUCUCACAGGGCUCACAUGAAAUCAUUUCUCAGGUCGAAGCGCUCAUCGGUUUCGCGUCUUAAGUCAGCUCUUGCUCUUCUCAGGCGAGACUGUCCAAACCACACGAUCUUGCCAAAGCUUGAGGUGCUCUGCACAUCACUAACAGCAACCAAUCACAGAACGCCAGGCACUUGGAGGGGCGGAGCUAGAGCCCAAAUGUCCUGACAGACAGGAAGUAGGUGACAUUUUCAACCGUUUCUCAAACAUAGUGUUAUUGCAGAUGGCAGAUGUCAUCAAACAAGCAUCUUUAAUCGUUUUAUGAGUAGUGGUGCGCUGUACAGCCCCUAAUAUCAACUAGUCAGGUGAUUUUCCCCUCGCUGCACUAUAUAAUCCAGACGCAUGCUGUGAUUCCUGCCACAGCAAAGCUGAGGAACGCACAGGCCGCAGAUCUUACCAUCAUAACUUCAUAUCCUAGGCCAUAAUAAAAACUAGCCUUAUGAAACCUCGUUUAGUCUUAACUUCAAGUUUACUCCAGCUGUGUUUGUAAUGACUGCAUGCAUGAUGGGUUUCCAUCUAUACUCGGCCUUAUUUAUUCUAUUUAUGUGUCGUUGUAGUUGCACGUACCUUUGUUUUUGCCGUACAUGAAGAAGGUAUUUUUGUGAUUUGAGGUGUGAUAUUUUCAUACUGCGAGAACGAGACUCUAUUCUUGUGUCUGUGUUGAAGGAUGUUUUAUUUUGUACAUUUUUGUAAUACGUUUUUUGGAAACUCACCUGUAAAUAUGGCUCCUUUUGGUAAAGUAUUUUUUGGGUUUCUUUUGUGCAUGCCGAAACUGUUUUUGGAUGGUCACAGGGGCUUCUUGCUUGGUGGAGAAAGUCUUAGUGAUUUACUUGAAGUGAAAGACUUGUUGCAAUAUGGACUUUUUACAGAAAUAAAGUAUAUUUUUACAUAA